AUGACAGACUCAUCCAAGGUCGAAUACACCGUUGAAGAGAAGACAUCCAAAGUCGAGUAUACGGUCGAGGAGACGAUAACCACCGAGAAACAUCAAGGAGAUGUCCUCACACCCACCACCACCAUCCAAGAUGCCAAAGAUGCCGAAGCCAUUGUUGACGUGAGCGAAGAGUUCGAUAAGAAUGGUGAUCGUAUCUACGUUAGAAGUGCUGCCGAGAAGGCUCUUGUUCGAAAACUUGACUUUAUCUAUGUCAUGCCAUUCGUUGCUGUCCUCAACUUUUUACAGUUCUUUGACAAGUCCACUGUAAACUAUGCUGGUGUAUUGGGUAUCAAGGAAGACACAGGCACUACCGGCUCACAAUUCAGUUGGCUCGGUUCCUUGUUUUAUCUCGGCUACCUUGUCUACCAGUUUCCUAAUCAAUUCCUUUUGCAACGUGUUCGUCUUUCAUGGUACAUUGGUAGUCUUGUCGUUCUGUGGGGCAUGGUGCUUGCCGUCACCUUUACAGCCAAGAGCUUUGCCGAUCUUGCAGGUCUUCGUUUCUUGCUUGGUUUCUUUGAAGCCGCUAUGUAUCCAUGCUGUAUCAUGUUGAUCAGCUCUAUGUAUCGUCGUCGUGAACAAGCUGGUCGCCUUGGUGUCGUAUACGUCUGCAAUGGUAUCGCUAUGGCUGUUGGUGGUUUCAUCGGCUAUGGCGUUGGCUUGCAUAUGGAUGGUGUCGGUGGUCAUGGUGCCUGGCAAUGGCUUAUGCUUAUUCUCGGCGUGAUCACCGUUGCAUUUGGUAUCAUCCUCUUUGUUUUCCUUGUUGAUGAUCCCCGCUCUUCUUUGUUACGCUUGACCCCUGAGCAACGUGAAAUUGUCGAAGAACGUAUUCGCGAUAAUGCCGUCGUUAUUACCCGCCAAAUCAAGUACCAUCAAAUCCUUGAGGCCUUGAAAGAACCACGCUACUAUUGUUUCAUUUUCGCAUCGAUGCUCAUCAACUUCCAAAAUGGUGCAUUGAACACGUUCCAAAGCAUCAUCACCGCAGGCUUUGGCUUUUCGGGUGUUAAUGCUAUCUUGUUGACUGUGCCCUCAGGUGUCGUGGAUUGCCUCUACAUUGUAGCUGCCAUCUGGUACAACAACCGAUAUGGUAACACGUUGUAUACUGCUUGUGCUAUGCAAGCUUUUGCCAUCAUUGGUUUAGUAUUGUUGGUAGCUAUUCCUUUGCCCAAGGCAAAGCUUCUUGGUUUAUACCUCUGCUGGGCAUUUGCCGCAGCCUAUACCAUGUUCCUUGUAUCAGUAGCAAACAACGUCUCAGGUUAUACAAAGAAGAUCUUCUAUAGCUCAAGCAUCAUCGUCUUUUAUACCAUUGGUAACUUUGCUGGUCCUUUGAUGAUGGUUGACUGGCAAGCACCCCUUUACCUUGGUGGUAUGAUCGCAUACAUGGCUGCAAAUGCAAUUUCCAUUGUAUUGUUCUUGAUUGCUCGCUAUUCCAUGGCCAAGUCCAACCGUGAGCGUAUGGAGCGUGGCAUCACCAAGACAACCACUGGAAUGACCGAUUUAACCGAUAGAGAAGAUCCCAACUUCAUCUAUCGACUCUAG